AUGGAAAAUCAACAAGAUGAAUUAGAAAAAUUUGCAUAUGUUUUUAAUUAUAAAAUUCGAGAAUUAAAUAAUGAAAUAGCUCCUCGACAACAUGAAGUUAAAGCUUUAAUUAAACAAUAUAAUAACAUGGAUAAUGAAUAUGAUAUAGUAUGUCAAAAUAAUGAAAAAUAUUCAAUAAAACUAGCUGAUUAUAAAGCAAAAUUAAAAGCAACAGAAAAAGAACUUUAA